ACUACAUUUCACUAAUUUUGUAGUUAUGAAUAUAUCUUCUAUUGUAUCUUUCUUUAUAGCUAAUAUUCCCUUCCGUGAAAAACACUUGAACUGGCACCACAUAUUUUAAUUAAUUAUUAGAUUUAUAUAAUCUGGGGGGCUUAAAUAAAAGCCACAUGGUUUCUAGUUGGUUGCUUUCGAAAUUUGUUAAGUUUCUCCUUCAACGUUAAUCUUAUUCCUUUCUGUUUUUAAAGGUGUAAAUAUUACGCGCUCCGGGCAUCGAAACACCAUUGUAGAUAGUGAUUAUGGUGUAGAAGUUGGAUGGAAUAAUGUACAUAAUGUGAGAGUGACAGUGCUUGGUCGCUAUAUGAACAAAAUAGCAGGUUUAUGUGGAACUUUCAAUCAAAAUCCCGGGGAUGAUCUCUUGAUAGAAACGAGAACAACUGUAGGCAGUGCAGUAGACUUUGGAAAUUCAUGGAAAACUGAUCCUGACGGUGACGAUGCACCAGUUGUACCACAUCCAUGUGAAACUUACCCUGAGAGAAACGCGACUGCUACAGCCAACUGUUCAGCUCUGUUAACUUCUCCAUUCAAUGUUUGUGCAAGCCAGGUUGAUCCAGUCACAGGGGGUUAUAUUGAUGAUUGUAGAUAUGAUGUAUGUGGCUGUGGCGUAGAUCCUACAGUUUGUCUAUGUCAAGCAAUAGAGGCCUAUGUCGCUGAUUGUGCUUCAUAUGGUGUAAUCAUUAUCUGGUUGAGUGAUGAUCGAUAUCAACAAUGCGGUAUGUAAUGUCACAGCUUUAGUAUAAGCUUUAAAAAAUAGAUCAAUUGAUAUUAUAGUAUAGGGAUAAGAUAAUGAUAAGAUUAGUAGUGGGAUAAGAUAAUGAUAAGAUUAAAUUGUUAUUGGUAAACCAACCACAACUAUACUUGUAUGAGUUUUCAAACAGAACCCCAUUCUAAUUUAAUAUCAUUGUAUGGCAGGUUUAAUUCAGUGGUAAUAAUCAGUGUGCUAACUGCAUGUGUCAAUCUGCUUCGCGAGUUCCCCUCCCCUUUAUUUGAAAAAGUUAACCAACUAAAUAUAGUUAUAUGCAGAUAUUUUCACUGCAGGAAGAACCAUAAUUAGAUAGGGUCGUUCGCUGGCUUGAGUGCAUAAAUUCAUUAGUAAUAAAGUUUUGCAUUGAUACAACACAAUAACUCAAUGUGGGUUACAAACAAAUUUACUUGACAAUGAAAUUUUCAGAAACGUUUCCUCAGGAUAGAUGUGAACAUCACCUAAUGUACUGUAUCCGAAAGGGAAAUUCCCAAACAUUUAUUACAUGCCGGAAGGUAAUUUUUAUCUGUGUUCAUGUAUCUCUGAGUAUGUUUAUCUCUUAGCUCGAUAUCAAGCGUAUUCAUUAUUAACGAAACUUUUAGGAACUUACGGACAUGCCCAUUGGACAAAUUGAUUCACUUUUUGGAUGAAUAUGGAUAAAUAUUAUAGAUGAGAAAUCAGUGAUAUUUUGUCCUGCUUUGCUGGUUAGCGUAUGCUGAAUGUAUAAUUUUCCCAUCAUAGUAUAUGAUUUAACCAUGAUAUAGUACUUAAUUCGCUGGCGGAGGAAUGCAGUCUCUGAGUUCUCUCUAGUUAGCAUGAAUUUUAACAUUUUAAAUUUUAAUCUAAUUUAGAUUCUCCAUGUGCUAGUGCUCCGUGCUUCAAUGGUGGAACUUGUUCAAAUAGUGGAACAUCAUUCUCUUGCUCAUGCCCGGUUGGAUAUAGCGGUGACCGCUGCGAAAUACAAGGUUAGUGUUAUUUUCAAAAACGUACUAUAAUGUAAAAUUCACGCAAAAUUUUAUGGUAUCUUUUCCCUUUCCCAUUUCUAUCCCUGGAGUUGUGUUUUGUUUCAUCACUAACACUGCAAGCUAGCUAGCACUUGCUACAUUUAAUAAUCCUAAAUUGUGUAUAUUACUGACAGGAGUAAACACAUUCUAUACCGCCUAUAUACAAUCAAAUCAAAGUAAAAUAAGUUUCUAUUAUUAAGUUUUCAUUUUUUACACCACUUGAAGCAAAAAUGCAGCAACAUUUGCACGUAGCCUAAUAUUGAUGAACACAUUCGUACGUUUUUGAACAAGCCUAGUUAUAGCGUGUACUGCAAUUUUUGAUGUACAACAAAACUGCUUUUCAGCUUUAUAUAAAUCAUGUUAUGGGCAAUUAUCGGAAUCUUUGACUAUAACGCUAUACGUAUGUGUGUCUUCGUGAAGUGAUUUAGUCAACAAUGUAUCAACAAUGCAUGUCAGAAAUGUAUGUAAUUUUAUAAUAAAUACAUGACUGUUAAGCGUUCUCCAUGCAGCCGCUUCUCAAAUUGAGAUUAUAAUUUAGCUUCGUUUCUAUAGUAUAAGCUCAACCUUCCUCUUCAGGACAAAAUAAUACAUGCAUGUGUUCUGAAUAGUGUUGUUUAUUAUGGAAGUACAUAUGCUAUAGUUUUCAGAUUCUUGCAAAGAAAAUGUACUUGUGCGGAGGAUGAACAGGAAAACUGUGGCAGACACCUGGCAGGACAGGAGUGCGAACAACCCUGAAAAUAUUUUGAAGCUAUGAAAGCAUUGGUUGGCAAUAAAUUAGGCUAUAAAUUUCCAGAAAUUUGAUGGUAAAGUUUAUUAAAGAACUGAGAUUUCCAGCACCAAAAGGUGGUCAUAUUGUUGCAACCUAAAGUCUUCAACUUCAGUCUUCCCACAAAAAUUUUGCGAAGUGUCUGCCACUGCAAUAAAAGCAUACUACUAUUUGAUUUGCUCAAAUUAUAUAAUUUUUAUGCCAACAAUAUGUUUGCGAAAAUGACACCAUCGUUGUUCUAAACAGCUAAACACCUGUGCCUAAGGCGGAAGAGUCGACUUGGACUUAACUAUCUGGUAUACUGGCAGCAGGUCGUCCCACAUGCAUCUUACAUUCCGCCCGAAACAUUUUUUCCAAACAUUGUUUCAACAUGAAGUAUUCAUAAUUACGCCAACACUGAACGCAGGCUCGCGUUGCACGUCAUGUUAGUCAUGGCAACACGAAUCAAGAUUUUUUAAAUUUUUGUGCAAAGCUGCAAAAAUAGAUGAAACUUGAACACUUUUAAACACAGAACUAUCGAUUUCUAAAAUAUAUAAAGUAGGUAUAUUAUUUUGGGUUCUAUGGGCUUUAUUUUAAUGUAAAAUUCAAAACGAAACUCUACGUAAAACGUUUUUAAAUGUGAAUUGAAAUCAGCUGCAAAAAGUUUUACAAUUUGUUAUGUGAAACGAUUUUCCAAGCUUCCGACAUGCAUUUUUACAUUUGUUGCCUCUUCACUCCUGGCAAACAGCCACAUUUUGAGAUCAGUGAGAUGACCACCCACCGAACCACUCACGGUAACCCACGCCCGCGAUCAUUGAUGAACUUUAGACUUCGCUAAUGCUUUCGUUUCCCCGGGUGUAAAUACCCGGGCGGAAUUAGUACCCUCGCCCCGGGCUUACGCCCGGAACGCCGCUCCGCGCCGUCGGCUCGGGGAUUAUAUGGCUGGUAUAACAUUUAUCACUUAUUUACUGAGACCGAGGGAAACAGUGUGUUUUGUGGACCCGAGACCGCCGUUGUUUCCGAGGCGAAGCCGAGGGCAACAACGGCGGUCGAGGGGCCACAAAACACACUGCUUUCCCGAGGUCUCAGUAAAUAAGUGUUUUGUUAUAUAGUAUAUAAGUGUGAAAGUAUGAAUAAUUCACCGGUUAUAGGCAAUUCCAGCUUUUAGUUUAUGCAUGCAGGGAAUGAUGGGAAGUAAGGUAUCAUAUUGCUGAUUAUGCUGAAAAAUUAAAAAUGGUGGCCAUGUAAACACGGAGUGAUAGCUUACACUUGUAAAUAUUGAAAUAUUUGGGUUGUUUCGGCAGUUUUUAUUGACAUUUUUCAGCAUAAUCAGCAAUAUGAUACCUUACUUCCCAUCAUCCCCUGCACGCAUAAACUAAAAGCUGGAAUUGUCUAUCGGAGUGAACUUUGCAACCAAAACUGGAUAAAUGGAACGCCGUAAAUGUUUAGUAAAAAGUUUAAAAAAUGAACUUUGGAACUUCGUGGUUGGCACGCAUGCGUAUUGUACCCAUUUUAUUAUUGACCGAUCAAUAAAUGUUUCAUUGCGAACCGGUUGCCGAACAUGACGUUUUGUGGACCGGCACGUGACACGGUUUUGAGCAAUCGGGAAACAGUAAAAUUGAACUUUGACACUAACUAUAUAACAAUAUCAUUUAUGGACCUGGAGCGAGGGGGAUUCGGCGUAAUAAUACCCAAAGUGAUGACUGAGGAUAAUAUUCCGCCGAAUUCCCCGAGCUGUGAAAGAAAUCUCAUUAUACAGGUAUUCUUCAGUUUCAAACACAGUUACUUAACAAAGAAAUUCUCGAAAAUUAGACACUCGUGAUUGAUGCGAGGAUGAUGUGAGAGUGAAAUUCCUAUACGCUUAUUACCUGGGCCAGACGUUUAAGUUUUCAGUUUUCUAUUUCGCCAGCGUUGAGUUUGUCUAUCAGUUCGAUAACUUCAAAAAUAUCAACGAUACUAAUACGAAAAUUUAAGCGACUAUGAACCGCGGGUAUUUUUUUGCUUUUACAUUUUUACCUCUUUUUUUGACAAGGCCAAAGUAUAAAAGAACAAGAUCAUGCAUGGCAUGCUGUUCGAAGUAUAAUCAAGCCCUCUCAAAACUAAAUCUAAUCAUGUGCCUGAAAUAUUUGAUGCCAUCCACACAAGGUCUUUCAUUUGCUUCAUGACAGCAAAAGAAGACAGCAAAAGAAUUCGUCGAAAAACGUCCUCUAUAGACUAUAGACAUAGUAUUGUUUUAGGAAAAACAGCUCGACUUCUCGAAACACGCAGUCAAAGUCCAUUUCUGUUAUAUUAAAAUCCGUACAGCCAUGGCGUAAGAUUCUAUUCGAAUUGCCGACAGACAGUGGCUACGUCAGAAACAUGUAAAAUUUGCUGAAAUGCUUCAAUUUUCCAUUUUGUCGUCCUAGCUCAUUCUUUUUUUUUAUCUAAGGCGCUUAAAAGAUAAUAAGUUCUGUUGUUUCAACCCACUAAAGUAACUAUACAUGGAGUGGAGCGUCAGGUGACUUUAACACCUAUCUUUGGUUAUAUUUGUUUCAGUUAGUCCAACACCGUCCACUACAGAUCCUACAGUUAGUACAACACCGAACACUACAGAUCCUACAGUUAGUACAACACCAAACAUUACAGAUCCUACAGUUAGUACAACAUCGAACAUUACAGAUCCUACAGUUAGUACAACACCAUCCACUACAAAUCCUACAGUUAGUACAACACCAUCCACUACAGAUCCUACAGUUAGUACAACACCAUCCACUACAGAUCCUACAGUUAGUACAACACCGACCACACCAGGUACGUAUAGUAUUGGUAUAUUGUUUAUUUUAAUUUUUUAUAUGUAAUCUUUGACGCGUUCCAAACUAUCUUUGUAUUUUGCAAAAUAGAAUCCCCCCCCGGAAACUGCAUGAUUAACCAAAUUUUGCAGACACCACAAAAAAUUUCAUUCCAAGUAGCUGAAUUAUGCAGGCAAAAUAACCGUCUCCAUAAAAUUAGAAAUAUUGUAGACUUAACCCAAUAGAUUUCACAAUAAAGGUGUAUUAGAAAAAGUACACAAUUGUAAAAUACUCACCAGACUGAAAACUUCGCAAGAUAUCUGAAAAUUGACCUGAAUAUUGAUAUUUCCCUGAUUAUGAAAUUAAUCUGAAAUUUUACACCACGAUGAAACGGGCUUGCGCACAGAAAUGGAAGUUUGAAAUACAAUUUUAAUUCAGUGAUCGCAAGCUUGGGAAGCGUUUUAUGGUGUUAACAAAGUUUCAGACAAUUUUACGUGCAUUAACUGAAGUCCCCCACAGGACCUCUCAAUUAAACGUGGUAUUUUUUGCCCUAGUACACUAGCCUUUUACGCGUAUUUUUAUUAACUUACGCGUUACUGAUUUCAUACAUCAUUAAUUUUAUGCAUCAUUAAUUUCAUGCAUGAUCGAUUUCUCAUAUACUCGUGAACGCCCAUUUCCACUCAGGGAAGUUUUCCGCAGAAAGAAAAUUUUGCGAAAUGUGAUUGACAGACACAAAUUUUCCGUCGGAAAAAAAUUUUGAAGUUGCAAAUUUUUUAACUUUUAACAAUGAUAUUUUCGAAAAAUUUUUGUCUGUGGAAAAUGUUCUUGAGUGGAAAUGGUUCUUUACAAUGAGUUAAAACUUGAUGCUUGUGAUGUUACUCUGACUGUGUAUCCACACCGGGCAGGCUUGAAAAAUAUGCCUGACCACGGUGGGAAUCGAACCUACGACCUUUGGAAUACUAGCCCAAUGCUCUGCCAACUGAGCUACGCGGUCUGGUCGGUUCGAGUAUGUGAUAUUUCGGAACAGAAUCUAGUUCCUUCGAUAUCAAUGUUAUCUAAUAAUAUCAUUGUUAUCAAGCUUGCCCGAUAUCAAUGUUAUCAAGCUUGCCCGGUGUGGAUAUACACUCAGAGUAACAUCACAAGCAUCAUAUUCACCUGAGUACAUUACACCAACACAGAAAAAAUCAUGAGUUAAAACUUAUGGGGAAAAGGCUAAUACACGAAAAAAAUGUUUUAGAGGUCGCGUGGAAGACGUAAUUUACGUUAAAUUAUCUGCUACUUCGUCAACAACUAGUAGUUCGUAAGAAAGCUGUCCAAACUUGCUUUUUGUUUUAAACCUUCCAAUUUUGCGCACAAGUCAAUUUUAAUGUGGUUUUUAAAACCAGCGUUGCUGCGGUCAAAAUCAAAUUUUCAUAUUUGUUUAAGUGUAUUAGUUUUAAGAAAUGUGUUGUCCAGCUAUCAUGUAGUUACACACACAUUUACUUAACCAAGAAAUUCUCAGAAAGUCGAGAAAGACAUUCGGACCUGAUAAGACCAUGACGUAAUGCACCUGACCGUGAGAGUAUCCAACGUAUUGUCCAUUGAUACGAAAAUUUAAGAGACUAAAGGACACUGCCCUCUGUACGAAUUGAUUAACUUUUGGUUAAGUUUGGAAGAACAUUCGAUGAGAUAUUAGCAAAAGUUAAUUUCGUCUUCCUAUGCUGGGCAGAAUACACGGCUUCUGUAAUUAGUUCAUAGGCUUAUUUAUGCGUGCUAUAGAACUUAAUUCGCUGGUGGAGUCCCGUCAAGUUUACAUGAAUUUUAACAUUUUUAAUUCUAAUCUAAUGUAGUUCUUCCAUGUGGCAGUAAUCCAUGCAUGAAUGGUGGAAAUUGUUCAGAUAAUGGAACAUCAUUCUCUUGCUCAUGCCCGGUUGGAUAUACCGCUCAGCUCUGCGAUGGUAAGUAUUGUUUUCAAAAAUUUAGUAGACGCAUUUUUUCUCUUCCCUUUUCAUUCCGGAAAGAAUUUUGUGGAAUUGAGUUUAUUUCCUCGCAAAGAGUGCAAACUUGUGUUAAAUUUAAAGUGUAUAUUACAUGAAAUUUUUUAUUUUCUUAAAUGAAAUAACUAUUUAAGCUGUAGUGUAACUUACUUUUCAGUUUCUUGUUGUUAUGGUUUGUUCCCGAGAUAUUUCAAUUUGUUUCAUAUGUAAACGAGUGUAACAGUAACAGUAAUUAACAGUAACAGUAACAGUAAUUUUAAUUAAAAGAAAAAAUAUACAAAAAUUUAACAGUUGUCUGCAGGUAGCGAAAGCUAUUCGAGGCAGACAACUGGAAAACUAUACUACGAGUUAAUUAUAGAGAUGACAUAUAAGUUUCAAAAUAAAAAAAUGACAUAUAAGUUUAACACAUAAAAUGACAUAUAAGUUUCAAAAUAUAUGCAAUAAUAAUAUUUUAUCUUAGAAGAAUUUAGCUGAAUUUAUCUAAUUGUUAUAUUUUUCAAUCUGUUUGUUAACAUUGCGAUAUCAACAUAAUCCUCCUCAUUUGUAAAUAUAGAAACUAAUACUUUAUGUAAUAUUUUCUUAAAUUUAUUCAUCGGAAAAUUGCGUAAGUCACAUGGAAUGCUAUUCCAUAUUUUUGGGCCAGUUCUGGAAAAAGAAUUAUUCAGUUUAUUUAAACAUGAAUGUUUCACAUAGAAGUUGACGUUUGAAGAAAAUCUGGUAUUAUAGUCAUGUAUGUCAUGAGUAUAAGUAAGGAGAUUUGAUAUAUGUAGGGGUGCCAAGUUAUUAUGUACAUCAUGCAUCAGAAUAGAGACAGAUUUAAAGUAUAACAUCUCAACAGGUAGAAUAUUGGAAGAAGAAAAGAAAGGAAUUGCAUGGGAUGUAUAAUCCCCAAAGUAGAUUAACCGAAGAACACGUUUUUGAAGCUUUAAAAUUUUAUCAAGAUGAACUUUGGCAGCCUGACCCCAUACUGCUAUGCCAUAUGAAACAUGAGGAAGAAUAAGAGAUUUAUAAAUGUUUAUUAAAGUAUUUCUAGGUACAAAAUGCCUUAAUUUGGAGAUAAUCUUACUCAGUUUUGAAGCAACGUGACUAAUAUGGUAUUUCCAUGUAAGAUUGCUGUCAAUAAGCAGACCCAAGUAUUUGACAUAAUGUUUACUUUCCAAAGAAAUGAAAGAGUUUGAGUCGUUGUCAAAUAUCUUCAAAUCUACCUCAUAAUUUAUCUUCUUUUGAUAAGGAUGAAAGAUCACUACGUCAAAUCACUACGUUGGUGUAUUCUGAUUGGAUUUGAGUUUUCAGUCUUUCGUAGAUAGAUAGACCCGUGUUUUGUCCAACAAAAUCUAUAAUUAUUGUCAUUUUUAAAUUUCUUGGCUUCUGCUAAUAACUGAGUUUAUUUCCUCGCGAAGAGUACAAAUGUGCGAACAUGACCUCUAAUUUAUGUCGUCUCAUUGGUUGCAUGCUCAACUUACACUGGUUAUAAAUCUAUUAACUCUAAAAACUGUAGAUAUCUGUUCACGUUUUUCUCCAGUGUUUCUUCACAUUUACGAGCGGGUGAAGUUUGAAAUUAUCAUCUUGGAUGAAAGCAGUGAUAUUCAACCAUUUUGAAGAGCUCGCAACCAAUGUGACGUCAUAAAUUAGAGGACAUAUUCACACUAUAGUACCCCUUUUAAAUAUCAAACAAAUUGACAUAUCUCGGGAACAAACCAUGAAAGUGGGAAAAUGAAAAAUAAGUUACACUACAACUUAACGAGUUCUUUCGUUCAAGAAAAUAAGAAAUUUCAUGUCAUAUACACUUUAAGAUAUGCUCGAAAAUUCGAUGAUCAUGGUUGAGAAAUUGUCAAUGCUAGAAAAGCAAUGCUGGGCCACUUGAAUUUUCCGCAAUUCCGUAAUAGUGAGAGUCCGCAAUAGCGAGAGCUAUUUCAAUGCAUUUCAUAGUAGUUUUGGCGGGACAUUUACCAACUGUCCGUAAUAGCGAGAUGUCCGUAAUUGUGGUGCGUCCGCAUAUAUAUUCUUAUUUUUGUACAUGUAUUUAUCUUCGCUCUUUCGGCAUUAUUUUUUUUCCAAAAUAUAUUUUUCAACCAGUUUAAAUAUAAAAAAAGUGUAAAUCUAACCUGUAAACAGUUACUAUAUGAGCUUUUCAUUGUGUUCUAUUGCUGUUAAGGCUAUAUAAUAAGCACAUAACAUGUUGUUUUAUCGUUCGAAAAACUCCGGUAAUUCGCAAAAUUCCGGUAAUUCUUGCGCCGCCAUCUUGUUUUCUCUAUACUAGCAGGAUAUGAGCUAAUAUCCUGCUAGUAUAGAGAGCCAAUCAGAUUGCAGAAUAGCUUACAUCCGGUAACUGUUUAUGUAAUAACAAUUGUUUUAUAUAGCUGUCCAAUUUAUAAUGAUUCCAACCACAUCUCUCACAUUUUGCGAACUUUUACGAACGGUUUCGUGUAACAAAUGUAUUGCUCAUGGUAGAAAAGUCUUGCGAUUUAUAUUGAUGCUGUUAACCAUUUAUGUAAAAAGCCCACAAAACUAUCGCCUUUCUUCACAACCAUAAAAACUGUUAGAAAUUUGUUAACAGUUACUUUCAGUUACUUUCUCAUAGUUUUAUGUUUUGACGGAAGAGAGUUUUCGAUUUAAAUCUCCCAUGUCAGUUGAAAGGAGAUAUCGGGAGAGUUAAGAAAUUGUGUGUGUAUCGCUGGAAAAGUUAGCGUCGCUUUAACUUAACUAUCCGAAAUCCGAUUCAGUUCUCCCUGUAAAAAUUCUCUUUUUGUCAUACCCAACUAAAUUUACAGAUCUUACACUAGCAGAGAAAAAGUGACGUGACGCGUUAUCGCGUGAGGCGCGAGGUUGACCGCUCAGCGUUUUAUGCAAGAUCUACCUGGAACAAGUAAAAAUCUGUUAAUUGCUAGUGGGACUGUUUGGAUAUUUGUGGAAAUAGUCUAUUUUUUACGACGACGAUAGACUUUUAAAACUUCAGUUGGAACCGUUUAUAAUUAUCACGGCGCAUGCGACAACAUUAUACGUCAAUGCAACAAGUUCAAAUUACAAUUAGAACUUUGAUUAGAACUGUUUCGAAUUGGAUAAUUUGAUUCUUUCAAUUAAUCAAUCUAGACAAACCUCAAGAUGAAUAAAUUCAUGAUUAUAAUCCCUAUGUUUUUCAUCAUUCUGGUUGUCUGGUUCUGUAAUCCAACGACGCAAAAUGCUUCUUGUGUGUUGUUAUGGACCGCCUGAUAGUAACGAUAUGUCUGAUCUUAGAUCCUUUGCUGAUAAUUUAUUUCCUAGUCGGAACAAGAUCGUUCUUACCAGCGAUACCAGGGGCGCGAAAAAAUGUUUUUGAUGUUGCAAGGUUUAAGUUUUGCUGUUUUUCGCUCUAUCUUACUAAAAGAAGUACAAAACGCUGUUUACGACUUGCCCGAAAGUGGCCGCCACAAGCGAAAAUGAAUUUCCAUAUUGCUAAUGAUUUAGGUCUUCACUCACUGCUUAAUAUAUUUGAAUAUGUCGUGGUUCACUUUUUUGCCUUCAUUCUCUCAGAGACGGCUUAAUCUACAGGGAUAUCGGGACAUCUUCCGUUAAUAAAGUCCUCUUAAUUUCUGCUCAUGAUUUAUGUUUUGGAAAAUUUAAUGAAAUCAUUGUUCUGUUUCAGACAUCAACGAAUGUUCACAAGCAAACAUCUGUCACGCUCAAGCAACAUGUAAUAAUACACAAGGAUCAUACGUAUGUACGUGCAACACUGGCUAUACAGGCAAUGGAACGAUUUGCUCAGGUCAGUAGAGAGUCAUAAAACAAAUUGGGAAAAUUGAAUGGGAAAAUUUAGAUUCCAGACGAGGUAUAUGAUCAAGGCAACAUUAUUAUAUAAAAUUCUCAACGAUUUUAGUGCACCAAAUUUGAAAGUUAUUGAUGAGGAGGAAUUCUCUACAAACUAAUUGUGACCUCAGAAAUUCUCACACUGACGUGGCCCUUCCUAAACCGAGACGCGAGUUUCUUAUAAAAAAGCUUUAAAUAGGCCUACAGUGCUACUAAACUUUGGAAUAAUUUUCCGCGCGAAGCUAAAGAAGCGCAGUCAAUUUACUCUUUCAAAAACUUUGUAGAACAAUUUAAUUGUUAGAUAGAAACAACUAUAGAUCUUAAUAUACGACCGGGUUAUAUUUUUCUUUUAUUGUAAAUAUAUUUUUCUUGUGCUAGUAUGUCGCCCCUUGUGGAAAUCAACUAUUGCUCUUGACAAGGCUAGCGUCAUUAAGUAAAGUCUUACAUACACACACAUACAUACACAUACACAUACACAUACACAUACACAUACACAUACACAUACACAUACACAUACACAUACACACACACACACACACACACACACACGUACACAUACACAUACAACUACACAUACGCACAUACACACAUAAUGUUGUAAUAACUACACAUCCAAGUAACUAUAACCAAGAGUGUCGGUUGGCGAGCACCUUACGGCUUGGUUAAGCCUGCUUCUAUAGGUCAAGCGCAGAUUUUCGACGAGCCAGGGGCGCGAAGCGCCUUUUUAGUGGGAGCCUAGGACGAGUGUCAUAACCAGGAUCAUACCUAUGCACUUGCAAUACUGGUUACAUAGGCAAUGGAACGUAUUGCCUAGGUAACUAAAGAACAAUAAAAUAAGUGACUGAAAAUAUUAAACGGGAAAUUGGGAAAAAUAAAUGAGAAAUCUUAGAUUCCAGUCGACGAGGUAUGAGCAAGAUUACAUUAUUAUACAAAAUUCUCAACGACUUUGGUGCACCAAAUUUGAAAGAGUUCUUGAUGAGCAGAAAUUCUUUAGAAACUAAUUGUGACUCAGAAAUUCUCACACUGAUCUGGCCCUUCCUAAACCGAGACGCAAGUUUCUUGAAAAACCUUUAAGGACAGUGGCGGUAAGCUUUGGAAUAGUCUUCCGCCUACAGCUAAGGAAGCGCAAUCAAUUUACUCUUUUAAAAACUUUGUAAAUUAAUUUCAUGGAUAGAUAGAAACAACUAUAGUUCUUAAUAUACGGCCGAAACACACCAAUUUAAUUGAAUAUUUUUCAUCUCUUGUAAAAAGCUAUAUAUCUUUGUAACUAACUUUUACUUGUGCUAGUGACACCCCUUGUGGAAAUGAACUAUUGCUCUUGACAAGGCUAGCGUCAUAUAAAGCUUUACAUACAUACAUACAUACAUGCGAACAUACACACAUAAUGUUGUAAUAACUACACAUAGGCUUACAAGUAACUAUAACCAAGAGUUUCGGUUGGCGAGCACGUUACGGCUUGGUUAAUUAAGCCUGCUUCUAUAGGUCAAGGGCAUAUAUUCGACGAGCCAGUCGCGCGAAGCGCCUUUUUUGUGGGAGCCUAGGAGGAGUGUAGUAAUUCCGCUCGACAAUUAACACUUCUGUACUUAAGCUUUUAUUUUAUAUCUGUGUUGGUGUUUUUCAGCAUAUCUUGCGAAUUUCAAUUUCGUAAAUUAUUUUCAGAGAUGGAAAAAACAUCUUUUCGAUUUCUUACUCUCUGUAACCGAUUUGGACAAAUGUUACUGCCACAAGGCAAUAUCAAUUCCUAAAUUACUAAUGAUUUAGCCCUUUCCUAAUUACUUGAUAUAUUUGAAUAUGUUGGGGUAAAGUUCAUUGUUUUUUCAUUAUUUUCUCAGAGACGCUUAACCCACAAAUAUGUUGGGGAAUUUUCCGUUUGGCAGUGAGGAAAGUCCUCUUAAUUUCUGAUCAUGCUAAUUGUUUUUGAAAAUUGAAUUCAUUCUUCUUUUUCAGACAUCGACGAAUGUUCACAAGCAAACACGUGUCACGCUGACGCAACAUGUACUAAUACACCAGGAUCAUACCUAUGCACUUGCAACACUGGUUACACAGGCAAUGGAACGGAUUGCGUAGGUCAGUAAAGAACAAUAAAAUAAAUGAAUGAAAAUAUUAAACGGGAAAUGGGAAAAUUUAAUGGGAAAACUUAGAUUCCAGACGACGAGGUAUGAGCAAUGUUAGAUUAUUAUAUAAAAUUCUCAACGACUUUGGUGCACCAAAUUUGAAAGAGUUAUUGAUGAGAAGGAAUUCUUUAGAAACUAAUUGUGACUCAGAAAUUCUCACACUGAUCUGGCCCUUCCUAAGCCGAGACGCAAGUUUCCUGAAAAAGCUUUAAUUACAGUGGCGGUAAACUUUGGAAUAGUCUUCCGGGCACAGCUAAGGAAGCGCAAUCAAUUUACUCUUUCAAAAACUUUGUAAAUUAAUUUCAUGGUUAGAUAGAAACAACUAUAGUUCUUAAUAUACCACCGAAUAACACCAAUUUCAAUGAGUAUUUUUUAAUAUCUCUUGUAAAAAGCUAUAUAUCUUUGUAACUAACUUUUACUUGUACUAUAGUGACACCACUUGUGGAAAUGAACUAUUGCUCUUGACAAGGCUAGCGUCAUUAUAUGAAGCUUUACAUACAAAGCUACAUACAUACGCACAUACACAUAUAAUGUUGUAAUAACUACACAUAAUACAAGUAACUAUAACGAAGAGUGUCGGUUGGCGAUUACCUUACAGCUUGGUUAUAAGCCUGCUUCUAUAGGCCAAGGACAGAUUUUCGACGAGCCAGUGGCGCGAAUCGCCUUUUUAGUGGGAGCCUAGGACGAGUGUAGUAAUUCCGCUCGACAAUUUACAUUCCUGUACUUAAGCUUUUAUUUUAUAUCUAUACGUUGCUGUUUUUCAGUAUAUCUUGCGAAUUUCAAUUUCGUAAAAUAUUUUUAGAGAUGUAAAAAUCAUCUUUUCGAUUUCUUGCUCUCUGUAACAGAUUUGGACAAAGGUUACUGCCACAAGGCAAUAUCAAUUCCUAAGUUACAAAUGGCUUAGCCCUUUCCUAUAAUUACUUGAUAUAUUUGAAUAUGUUGGGGGGUAAAGUUCGGGGUUUUUUUUCAUUAUUUUCUUAGAGACGCUUAGGCCACAAAUAUGUUGCGGCAUUUUCCGCUUGGCAGUGAGGAGAGUCCUCUUAAUUUCUGACCCUGCUUAUUGUUUUGGAAAAUUGAAUUCUUCUUUUUCAGACAUCGACGAAUGUUCACAAGCAAACAUGUGUCACGCUGACGCAACAUGUACUAACACACCGGGAUCAUACCUAUGCACUUGCAACACUGGUUACACAGGCAAUGGAACGUAUUGCGUAGGUCAGUAAAGAACAAUAAAAUAAAUGAAUGAAAAUAUUAUAGGGGAAUUGGGAAAAUUAAAUUGGAAAGCUUAGAUUCCAGACGACUAUUUAUCAGCAAGGUUACAUUCUUAUAUAACGACUUUGGUGCACCAAAUUUGAAAGAGUUCUUGAUGGGGAGGAAUUCUUUAGAGACUAAUUGUGACUCAGAAAUUCUCACACUGAUGUGGCCCUUCCUAAACCGAGACGCAAGUUUCUUGAAAAAGCUUUAAGUACAGUGGUGGUAAACUUUCGAAUAGUCUUCCGCCCACAGCUAAGGAAGCGCACUCGAUUUACUCUUUCAAAAACUUUCCAAAUUAAUUUCAUGGUUAGAUAGAAACAACUAUAUAGUUCUUAAUAUACGACCGGAUCACACCAAUUUAAUUGAAUAUUAUUUAUCUCUUGUAAAAACUAUAUAUCUUUGUAACUAAUUUUUACUUGUGGUAGUGACACCCCUUGUGGAAAUGAACUAUUGCUCUUGACAAGCCUAGCGUCAUUAUAUAAAGCUUUACAUAACAUAAUGUUGUAAUAACUACACAACCAAGUAACUGUAACCAUGGAUAAUAAAAUAAAUGGAUAUAGGAAACUAGCUAAUGACCUAAUGUUUUCAAUGGGCUGAUGGCGUGAUUGGAUGUUGAAACCUAGUUGCAAACCAAAUUCUAAAAACGGCAUGUUUAGCAAUAAUACAGCUAAACAUUUUAGUCAAAGAGCAAAUGAAUAUAACUACGCCAUUCUACGAUAAAACCUCUAAGUAUUCCCAGUCAAUUUUAGCAAAUAUUUCAAGUACUAAACAGUGAAAAAGGCAUCCCAAAUUUCGUUAAAAUUGGGGACGCCAAUUUCGUAGCUACAAAUGUAAAAAAAUACAAAACAAAGACGAAAAACAUUUACCUUCAAUACUUUGUCGUGGCUUAGGCAUGUUUUUAAAACAAUUAGACCGGUUUAUGCUUCAAUAUUGCUCUUUUAAGGCGGAAAAUAUAGCGAAACAACAAAAAUGCAGAGAACUUUGCAAUACACGUGACGUCACAGAUUGCAACUAGGUUGUUUUUACGUACGUCAGCGAGAGUCCUUUCCAUGUAUUUUAUUAUCCAUUCUAUAACCAAGAGUGUGGGUUGGCGAGCACCUUACGGCUUGGUUAAGGCUGUAGGUCAAGGGCAGAUUUUCGACAAGCCAGGGGCGCGAAGCGCCUUUUUAGUGGGAGCCUAGGACGGGUAUAGUAAUUCCGCACGACAAUUCACACUCCUGUACUUAAGCUUUUAGUUUAUAUCUAUGUUGCUGUUUUUCAGAAUAUCUUGCGAAUAUCCAUUUCGUCAAAUAUUUUUAGAGAUGUAAAAACAUCUUUUCGAUUUCUUACUCUCUGUAACCGAUUUGGACAAAGGUUACUGCGACAAGGCAAUAUCAAUUCCUAUAAAUUACUAAUGAUUUAGCCCUUUCCUAAUUACUUGAUAUAUUUGAAUAUGUUGGGGUAAAGUUCAUUGUUUUUGUUUAUAAUUUUCUCAGAGACGCUUAACCCACAAAUAUUUUGGGGCAUAUUCCGUUUGGCAGUGAGGAAAGUCCUCUUAAUUUCUGAUCAUUUUUAUUGUUUUGGAAAAUUGAAUUCAUUCUUCUUUUUCAGACACCGACGAAUGUUCACAAGCAAACAUGUGUCACGCUGACGCAACAUGUACUAAUACACCAGGAUCAUACCUAUGCACUUGCAACACUGGUUACACAGGCAAUGGAACGUAUUGCGUAGGUCAGUAAAGAACAAUUAAAUAAAUGAAUGAAAUUAUUAAACGGGAAAUGGAAAAAUUAAAUACUAAACCUUAGAUUCCAGACGACGAGGUAUGAGUAAAGGUUACAUUAUUAUAUAAAAUUCUCAACGACUUUCGUCAGCCAAAUUUGAAAGAGUUAUUGAUGAGGAGGAAUUCUUUAGAAACUAAUUGUGACUCAGAAAUUCUCACACUGAUCUGGCCCUUCCUAAACCGAGACGCAAGUUUCUUGAAAAAGCUUUAAGUACAGUGGCGGUAAGCUUUGGAAUAGUCUUCCGCCCACAGCUAAGGAAGCGCAAUCAAUUUACUCUUUCAAAAACUUUGUAAAUUAAUUUCUUGGUUAGACAGAAACAACUAUAGUUCUUAAUAUACGACCGAACCACACCAAUUUAAUUGAAUAUUUUUUAAGAUGUCUUGUAAAAAGCUAUAAAUCUUUGUAACUAACUUUACUUGUGGCAGUGACACCCCUUGUGGAAAUGAACUAUUGCUCUUGAGUAGGCUAGCGUCGUUAUAUAAAGCUUUACAUAACAUAAUGUUAUAAUAACUACACAACCAAGUAAUUAUAACCAAGAAUGUGGAUUGGCGAACACCUUACGGCUUGGUUAAUCCUGCUUCCGUAGGUCAACGGCAGAAUUUCGACGAGCCAGGGGCGCGAAUCGCCUUUUUAGUGGGAGCCUAGGACGGGUGUAGUAAUUCCGCACGACAGUUCACACUCCUGUACUUGAGAUUUUAUUUUAUAUCUAUGUUGCUGUUUUUCAGUAUAUCUUGCGAAUUUCAAUUUCGUAAAAUAUUUUUAGAGAUGUAAAAAACAUGUUUUCGAUUUCUUAGUCUCUGUAACCGAUUUGGACAAAGGUUACUGCCACAAGGCAAUAUCAAUUCCUAAAUUUCUAAUGAUUUAUCCCCUUCCUAAUUACUUGAUAUAUUUGAACAUGUUGGGGUAAAGUUCAUUGGUUUGUUUUCAUUAUUUUCUCAGAGACGCUUAACCCACAAAUAUGUUGGUGCAUUUUCCGUCUGGCAGUGAGGAAAGUUCUCUUAAUUUCUGAUCAUGCUUAUUGUUUUGUAAAAUUGAAUUCAUUCUUCUUUUUCAGACAUCGACGAAUGUUCACAAGCAAACAUGUGUCACGCUGACGCAACAUGUACUAAUACACCAGGAUCAUACCUAUGCACUUGCAACACUGGUUACACAGGCAAUGGAACGUAUUGCGUAGGUCAGUAAAGAACAAUAAAAUAAAUGAAUGAAAGUAUUAAACAGGAAAUGGGAAAAUUAAAUGGGAAAACUUAGAUUCCAGACGACGAGGCAUGGGCAAGGUUAGAUUAUUAUAUAAAAUUCUCAACGACUUUGGUGCACCAAAUUUGAAAGAGUUAUUGAUGAGAAGGAAUUCUUUAGAAACUAAUUGUGACUCAGAAAUUCUCACACUGAUCUGGCCCUUCCUAAGCCGAGACGCAAGUUUCCUGAAAAAGCUUUAAUUACAGUGGCGGUAAGCUUUGGAAUAAUCUUCCGGGCACAGCUAAGGAAGCGCAAUCAAUUUACUCUUUCAAAAACUUUGUAAAUUAAUUUCAUGGUUAGAUAGAAACAACUAUAGUUCUUAAUAUACCACCGAAUUACAACAAUUUCAUUGAAUAUUUUUUAAAAUCUCUUGUAAAAAGCUAUAUAUCUUUGUAACUAACUUUUACUUGUGCUAGUGACACCCCUUGUGGAAAUGAACUAUUGCUUUUGACAAGGCUAGCGUCAUUAUAUGAAGCUUUACAUACAUACCUACAUACAUACCCACAUACAUAUAUAAUGUUGUAAUAACUACACAUAAUACAAGUAACUAUAACGAAGAGUGUCGGUUGGCGAUCACCUUACGACUUGGUUAUAAGCCUGCUUCUAUAGGCCAAGGACAGAUUUUCGACGAGCCACUGGCGCGAAUCGCCUUUUUAGUGGGAGCCUAGGACGAGUGUAGUAUUUCCGCUCGACAAUUUACAUUCCUGUACUUAAGCUUUUCUUUUAUAUCUAUACGUUGCUGUUUUUCAGUAUAUUUUGCAAAUUUCAAUUUCGUAUAAUAUUUUUAGAGAUGUAAAAAACAUCUUUUCGAUUUCUUACUCUCUGUAACCGAUUUGCACAAAGGUUACUGCCACAUGCAAGGCAAUAUCAAUUCCUAAAUUACUAAUGAUUUAGCCCUUUCCUAAUUACUUGAUAUAUUGAAUUUGUUGGGGUAAAGUUCGUUGUUUUUUUUUCAUUAUUUUCUCAGAGACGCUUAUCCCACAAAUAUGUUGGGGCAUUUUCCGCUUGGCAGUGAGGAGAGUCCUCUUAAUUUCUGAUCAUGCUUAUUGUUUUUGAAAAUUGAAUUCAUUCUUCUUUUUCAGACAUCGAAGAAUGUUCACAAGCAAACAUGUGUCACGCUGAUGCAACAUGUACUAAUACACCAGGAUCAUACCUAUGUACUUGCAACACUGGUUACACAGGCAAUGGAACGUACUGCGUAGGUCAGUAAAGAACAAUAAAAUAAAUGAA